AUGGGACCAGAAUAUCUUCUAAUCAAAUUUCUGAAGUUAAGGAUUUGGAAAAGAGACUUUGCAAAGAUGACCCAUUUACAUGCUGGGCUCAGUCCAGAGACGAUAGAGAAAGCCCGCCUUGAACUUAAUGAAAAUCCAGAUGUUUUGCACCAGGAUAUCCAACAAGUCAGGGACAUGAUCAUCACAAGGCCUGACAUUGGGUUUUUACGUACAGAUGAUGCCUUCAUCCUGAGAUUUCUCCGAGCCAGAAAGUUUCACCAAACAGAUGCCUUCCGAUUACUGGCUCAAUACUUCCAGUACCGUCAGCUGAACCUGGAUAUGUUCAAAAAUUUUAAGGCUGAUGAUCCAGGGAUCAAACGAGCUCUGAUUGAUGGAUUUCCGGGAGUGCUGGAAAAUCGCGAUCACUACGGCAGGAAGAUACUUUUGCUUUUUGCAGCCAACUGGGAUCAGAGUAGGAAUUCUUUCAUAGACAUUUUACGGGCUAUUCUGUUGUCCUUAGAGGUUCUCAUUGAAGAUCAAGAACUUCAGAUAAAUGGCUUCAUUCUAAUUAUAGACUGGAGUAAUUUCUCCUUCAAGCAAGCCUCCAAAUUAACACCUUCUAUCCUCAAACUGGCCAUUGAAGGGUUACAGGACAGCUUUCCUGCUCGCUUUGGAGGAGUCCAUUUUGUGAACCAGCCCUGGUACAUCCAUGCCCUGUACACGCUCAUCAAGCCCUUCCUCAAAGACAAGACAAGGAAAAGGAUCUUUCUUCAUGGUAACAAUCUGAAUAGCCUUCACCAGCUGAUACACCCUGACUGCCUGCCUUCAGAGUUUGGAGGGACACUUCCUCCUUAUGACAUGGGCACUUGGGCUCGGACGUUACUUGGUCCGGAUUACAAUGAUGAAAACGAAUAUACACACACUUCGUACAAUGCCAUGCAUGUGAAACACUCAUCUUCCAACCUGGAGAGAGAAUGCUCACCAAAACUCAUGAAAAGGUCUCAGUCCGUGGUGGAACCUGGAACACUGAAGCGUGAGGAUCAGAAUGAGAAUGAGAAUACCCAGCCACUCCUGUCUCUGGACUGAGUUUGAAUACACAGUGAAACACCCAAAUGCAUUAUCAGACUUCAGUGGUUCAAGAUACCUAUGAAGCAAGACAGGUUACAUGUUAACACACAUUCAGCUUGAAAUAAGGCUCUCUGUCUUUGCAGAGCAAUCAUCACCAGCCAUCUUUAUGUGUGGCCAAAGUCGACGGGGAGAUGCCUUGGGGCCCAAAGUUCUAAGCUAACGAGUCUGAUUGUAAUGCAGAAUUUCCCCCCUUUUAUUUUAUGAUUUAUGAUAUUGAUGAUGAUUGAAAUCUGAGGGACUAUUUUGUAUGUUCACAUAUUGUAAAGAUACAUCCACUGAGGUUUUACCAUACUGUAAGGAGGGUUAUUCUCCAGUUUAAUUAAAACAAAAUUUAGAUGAAGUUCAAAAAUAUGUAUUAAAGUAAAGGUAUCUUAUCAGGCUUAAUUAAUUUGCAGCACAGAGAGAACACCUCUAAACCUGUUAAGUUCUUACAGAGCUUCCCCUCUUCCUCUCUCUCUCUCUGUAUACACAUACACUAAGCAAUCACCAGCAGAAAAUUGUUCAGCUCUGUAGUGUGUGAUCUUAUCACCUCAGCUCUUUGCAGGGAUCACUUAUUUCCAUCCCCUGCAAAAAUUAUUCUUAAGUUUUUAAAAUCCGUAUAAACCUGUCAGUUCAAUGUGAUGACUGGUGUUGAAAAGAGACACAGGUGAUUUGGAAAGCAAUUAUUUAGUUUUAACAGUGUGGGAUUGCCCACCCCACACAGUAUGUGGGGUAGAUUUAGUGGUCAGUCAUGAUAGACAAAAAUGAGGUGUCUGAGCUGAAUGGAAACACUUACUGGUGAUUAAUGUUCCACUCCAGGUCCUUUCAUUUAGGUCAUUCCAGCAAAUGAAAGCUCAGCAGAGCUGUUUAACCAGCUUCUCUCCUGCAAUCAGUGAAAGGUAUAGCCAGGGGGCCUGUCUGACUGCAGAUAUAGGCUACGCUUAUAAUGGGAAAGGAAAAACUUGGAAUGAAUUAUUCAGUAUGCCUCCAUUAGAAGGAACUGUGGAAGAACAGAAAAAUGUAGAACUGAAAUGCCAAAGAUCAGUUUGCUACAACCAUCUUUGCUCUAUUUGCAAAAGCAAAUCUCAUCCUUACACUGAAAUGAAAAUAGUAAUAAAAAAGUUAUGAAAUUGUUUUUGCUUUGGCUUUAUUUCCUUAAAUAGCUAGAAACAUGUUAAUCACAUUUUACAACUGUAUGUAACAGUUAGCAAUCCUCAGCCAAAUAGCACAUUUACACCAUACACAUAGAAAGGUUUGCUUGUUAUCAGGGAUGGUUAUGUAACUAUUAGGUCAAGGGUGGGGAACCUGUGGCCCUCCAGAUGUCAUUGGAGCCAGCUCCCACUAGCCCUAGUCACCAUAACUAAUAGCCAGGGAUGAUGGAAGGUGGAGUCCUAAAAUAUCUGGAGGGCCACAGAUUAUUCAUCUCUCUCUUUGGGGGUGCUCAGAAAUGUAAUUGUUUCUGUUUACAUCAUUCAUUUAGCAAUGGUCAUAUGUAGUGAAUAAAGCCAUGAUGUGUUACUGAUGUAAUGUUUCAUUUUUAGGGGUAUCUUUCAGGAACUGUU